GCAUUCCAGCCUACACACCGAACCGCAAUGGCGUUACUACUUGAAGAACUUCUUACAGAUAUAGGAAAAUAUCUCACAUGUUCAAUAUGCCUUGACAUUUUCACUGAUCCAGUGACUUUAACUUGUGGCCACAGUUAUUGCAUGAAAUGUUUAGAGGAUUGUCUACGUGGAAGAGCGAAGACGAAGAAGGAUUGUCCCGAUUGCAGAGGAAGAAUUCGACCAGGUUUUAAACUGUAUAAAAAUGUUACACUUUGUAACAUCGUGGAUGUUCAUUACGACCAUAAACGUUUUGCAUCCACUGAAGAAUUUACAAAAGGACAUGAAAUGGAAGCAGACUUUAAUAAGGAUAAAGCUGAAGAAUGUGUGGCCUCACACUCACAACAGACUGAUAUCAACAGACCAUCUGAGCUUGGAAGUACUAUACAACAGCAACAGAUGGAGGACCCUGCUGUUAUAAAUGACACAAGCUCAGAAGUGACAGAUGACCGGUGUCCUGAUGUAACAGCCUCCCAUGAUGGCCGGGUUCAGGAGUUGCCCAUCUCCCCUCCCUCAAAUGACAGAUACAGUGCUGAAGCAGACUUUGCCCCUCCACCCCAUCCCCUGCCUGGCGCCAGCUUCUCCUGGCUCACCUUCAACCCAGCCCAGGGCCACAGGUGCCUGACCUUUCUACCCAAUGAGCACAAAGUGGUGACCAAGAGGACGUCCUCUGCGUGUCACGACGGCCGCUUUGACAUCAGCCAGUGGAUGGCGGAGCAGGAGUUCAGUGAAGGCUGUCACUAUUGGGAUGUAGAUACGUCGGCGAGCGUGGGCUGGGCUGUCGGGGUUUCCUACCCCAGCAUUGGCCGCAGAGAUCAGCUGGGUCGCACAGCCAACUCCUGGUGCCUGGAGUGGAGCAGGGACAAGCUGUGCUACUGGCACGAUAACAUAGGGGUGUUUAUCAAACAUGGCUGCCCCAGUAUCGUUAGACUGGCUCUGGAUGUGACGAAUGGGACCUUGUCGUUUUAUAGCCUGUCUAACAGUCAGACUCUGCUGCAUUGUGUGGAGGAGGGAUUCACAGAGCCAGUGAGGCCAGUGUUCUGGCUGUUUGGGCUGAAGCUUAACAAUGCUCUGUCCUUUCCUCCUUGGGUGUCAUAAGGUGAUGUGAGGAUGGGGACAACAUAAAGAGUUGUCUGUUUAUCAAUGAGAUAAAUAAAAUGAAAUAAUUGGUAAUGAAUAUAUUUAGGACAAUUUUCCUAUUAGAUGUCAAAAUAAAAUGACUAUCACCUA